AUGACACCAGGCUUGAUGGAAGACCUGGAUAAUAUGAGUGAAGCACGCAAGACCGCUGUUAUAGACUUAGAACUACAGAGACUGCAACUAGACAUCGUUGCACUACAGGAAACCAGACUUCUAGAUUCUGGUUCCAUCAGAGAAAAAGAGUACACCUUUUUCUGGCAAGGCCGACCACAAGAGAGCACGAGAGAACGAGGGACAGGCUUUGCUGUAAGAAAUAGUUUGCUUGGAGCUAUCAUCCCACCCCGCAAAGGCACCGAACGCAUUCUAUCCAUGCACCUGAAUACACCUUCUGGCCUAGUUAGGCUGAUAAGUGCCUACGCUCCAACACUGACAUCUCUACCAGAGGAAAAAGACCAAUUUUAUGACGAUCUUAGUACUGUUAUCGAUAAUACUCCUGWCAAUGAACGAAUUUUCAUUCUUGGCGACUUCAAUGCUAGAGUGGGUACAGACCACCACUCAUGGCCAAUCUGCGUUGGACGCUUCGGAGUUGGUAGGAUGAAUGAAAAUGGACAAAGACUGUUGGAGUUUUGUUGCCUUUACAAUCUCUGYAUUACCAACACCUUCUUCAAAACAAAACCACAACAUAAAGUAUCUUGGAGACACCCCCGUUCCAAGCAUUGGCAUCAACUCGAUCUGAUUGUCACAAGGAGAACGGACCUGAACUGUGUCAAACUCACUCGCACCUUUCACAGUGCCGACUGUGAUACAGACCACUCAUUGGUUUGUAGCAAGGUGAAGCUAAGCCCCAAGAGACUAUAUCGCUCUAAGACUGAGGGCCGACCACGCAUCGAUACCACUAAGACACGCGACCCCGACAAGGUAAUGGCAUUCACACAGGCUCUGGAUGACACUUUAGCAGAUAAGCCCAACAAUAACACCUGUAAAAGAUGGGAGCGCUUGAGAGAUGCUAUCUACAGCACAGCUAUCUCUGCAUUUGGCAAGAAACAGAAAGGUUCAGUUGACUGGUUUGAGGCUCACUCGGAGGAGAUGAUACCCGUCAUUGAAGAGAAACGAUCUGCCUUGAAAGCGUACAUCGAUAACCCCWGCGAUCAAAACCUGCAAUCCCUGAGAACAGCACGAAACAGAGUUCAAAAAACUGCCAGGAAUUGUGCCAAUGAGUACUGGCUCCAACUCUGCUCACAGAUACAAAUUGCUUCAGACAGUGGCAACAUCAAGGGAAUGUAUGAUGGCAUCAAAAAGGCAAUAGGCCCUACAAAAAAGAAGGUUGCCCCACUAAAAUCUGCAUCUGGAGUUGUCAUCGAGGACCGUGAGAAACAGAUGGACCGCUGGGUAGAACACUACUCGGAGCUAUACAACAGGGAGAAUAUGGUUACAAUGGAAGCUCUGAACUCUGUUGAACAACUGCCAGUUAUGUUAGAACUAGAUAAAGAACCGACUAUGGAAGAACUAAAUGAAGCAUUAAAGAAACUCUCCUCUGGAAAAGCUCCUGGUAAGGACGGUAUACCCGCCGAAGUACUGAAAUGCUCUACCAGUACGUCACUUCAAUCAGAGCUGCACGAGGUACUCUGCCUUUGUUGGAGGGAGGGAAGAUCUGCGCGAUGCCAACAUUAUUACACUUUAUAA